CUUCCGGUCCAUGCCCUUGGAGCUCCGUGUCCUGUGGGUUGUCCCUAGGCUACCUGGUUUGUGUCUGGGGAACAUGGCGGCGACGGCAGCCAGGGUCUGGUGGCGCGGGCUUGUGGGCUCCGCGGCGCUGGCCAGGGGAGUUGGGCGACCCUGGGCACUGUUGGUGCCAGUGAGGAGGGAGAGCGCCGCGGCCGAAACGCGCCCCACUGUCAGACCACACAGUGAUGUUACCCACAAGCAGCUCUCAGCUUUUGGAGAAUAUGUAGCUGAAAUCCUGCCCAAAUAUGUCCAGCAGGUUCAGGUAUCUUGCUUCAAUGAGUUAGAGAUCUGCAUCCAUCCUGAUGGAGUCAUCCCAGUGCUGACUUUCCUUAGAGAUCACACCAAUGCACAAUUCAGGUCCUUGGCUGACUUGACAGCAGUGGAUAUUCCAACUCGGCAGAACCGUUUUGAGAUUGUCUACAACCUACUCUCUCUGCGCUUCAACUCACGGAUUCGUGUGAAGACCUACACAGAUGAGCUGACACCCAUUGAGUCCACUGUCUCUGUGUAUAAGGCAUCCAACUGGUAUGAGAGGGAGAUCUGGGACAUGUUUGGAGUCUUUUUUGCUAACCAUCCUGACCUAAGAAGGAUUCUGACAGAUUAUGGCUUUGAGGGACAUCCUUUCCGGAAAGACUUCCCCCUGUCUGGCUAUGUUGAGUUACGCUAUGAUGAUGAAGUGAAGCGGGUAGUAGCUGAGCCGGUGGAGCUGGCCCAAGAGUUCCGCAAGUUUGACCUGAACAGCCCCUGGGAGGCUUUCCCUGCCUAUCGCCAGCCCCCCGAGAGUCCCAAACUUGAAGCUGGAGACCAGAUGCCUGAAGCUAAGAAGCCCGAAGCCAAGUAGCUGCAGGGAAGGCAUGUUGGUCCUAGAAAGCGCCUUACCUAUAAUUGUGUGUCCAUGUAAAUAAAUUCCUACUUAGACUCA